UCAUAGCAUAUAAAUCACACUUCUCUCGCUCCGUCAAAGCCAAAAACCCUAAAGAGGAAGAAGAGUGUGAGCAGCCAAAAAAAUGGUGCAGCGUCUUGUAUACCGUUCGCGUCACAGCUACGCCACCAAAUCGAACCAGCACAGGAUCCUCAAAACCCCUGGUGGUAAAUUGACAUUCCAGACCACUAAAAAGCGUGCUAGUGGACCAAAAUGCCCCGUUACCGGCAAGCGUAUUCAGGGUAUCCCUCACUUGAGGCCUGCUGAGUACAAGAGAUCUAGGUUGUCAAGGAACAGGAGAACCGUGAACCGUGCUUAUGGUGGUGUUUUGUCUGCUUUGGCUGUUAGAGAAAGAAUCGUUCGUGCUUUCCUUGUGGAGGAGCAGAAGAUAGUGAAGAAGGUGUUGAAGCUCCAAAAGGCUAAGGAAAAGGGUGCUCCCAAGAACUAGAUCCUAUAUAACAUUUGUGUACUCUUCGUCUUCCAAAUUCUUAAGCUUUUUGUAUUCGUUUGUCUUUGACUUUGUCGACGUUUCAGCAAAUCUUGGGUUUUGUUUUCUCGUUUAAAUGUCUGGUUUAACAAUAUCACGUUUCUACUCUGCUUCUAUGGUGUUUAACAAUGUGAUCUAUAUUACUCGGUUAAUAAAUUGUGCAAUUCAAAGUA